AUGAGUCGACCGGCGUCGCGCAUCAAGCCCGUCUCGGAGAAGAAGAGAGAACGGGAAGUGCUUCAGUAUGUUUCUGCCUACCGCGACCUACCGCAGCUCGACGAGCUGGGCCCUGAGCCAGAAUCGUGCUCCCUGCCUCCUAGUUACCAUGCGCAGCCCUCUUCAGACUCGGCCCUCACUGCGCUGGUCCAGCUUGCAGCCCUGCGCAUGGGCGCGCAGCGUGCCUUGGUCUCGCUGAUAGACGACACGCAUCAGCAUGUCCUGGCCGAGGCGACGCCUCGCUCCUCACUGCGCGCAGUCGCCGAGGGCAAAGCAGAUGCACCCAACCCUCUGUGGCUCGGGAGCGUCAGCAUCCCACGAAGUUGGGGUGUAUGUGAGCAGGUCCUGGAAUUCAUCCCUGCAACACUCGCCGCCGCAGAGGCAACGUCGGUCGUCGUCAACAAAGAUCUCCACGACAGCGAAAGACACGCAAGUCGCACCUACGUCCGCCAUGGCCCACGUCUACGUUUCUAUGCUGGAGCAGCACUCGUGAAUCCAAGAGGCGCCGUCAUUGGCGCCCUUUGCGUCUUGGACGAUGAACCGCGACCUUCGGGCGUCGCUGACCAAGACGUGAGAUACCUCGAGGACCUUUCGGCCGCUGUUGUUGAGUACUUGGGCACGUAUACCGUGAGAGACCGAUUCAAGCGCGGUGAGAAGCUCACUCGAGGCCUCAUUUCCUUUGCAGAAGGCGCAUCUGCUCUACUGCCACUCGCCAGCAUCGACCAGCUCGAUCCAGACGAUCCAGAAGAUUCACACUCGUCCUCUGCGGCAACAUCAACAACAUCAACGACAGGGUCCGAUGCUGACUCACACACUGCGCACGAUACUUCGGCGGAAAAGCAUCCUCCAUCACAGGCCCACGAAUCGAAUCGCUCUUUAACACAACCAUCACAGGCCGACUCCCAGGAAUCUGGCCAGGGCUCUUCGCGGCCAAACCUACAGCGCUUCUCCACUGGCUCGGAUACUGUACGAGCCGGUUCUACUCGCAACACAUCGUUACGAGCGCUGCAGGAUACUAUUCUGCCUACGAACGCAAAAUCAAUGUUCGCACGAGCGGCGAAUGUCAUGCUGGCAUCCAGUAGCCUAGACGGAGUCCUGAUUCUUGAUGCAUCUAUCGCAGCAACUGGGCAUCGCCAGCAUCCGGCAGCCCCGGAGCGCGAACGUACAAAUGGGAGCCUUUCAGAUGCUACCGAAUCCGCCGGAGCUCAUUCAAAGUCGGAGUCAAGCGAGGAAAGCAGCAACAACAGCAGCAACAACAUGAGCGCAGGUUCGUCUUCAUCGAAAAAGUGUCAAGUUCUUGGAGCUGCGCCAUCUAGACCGGUUAUAAACCCAGAUGGCACACCGGGAGUUGGGUCUCUUACCGAGAAUAGCCUCGCCCGAUUGUUGCGCGAAUACCCUCAUGGAAAGGUGUUCAACUACACAACCAUGGGUGUUUCCAUGUCUUCGACAGAUGACUCGUCUUCGAACAGGAGCUCACGCGAAGAACUGUUGCCCAGUAGAGAUGACACACGUCCCACAGCGAGCCGCAGACACGAUCGUGCAUCUAGAAGUUCGAAAGCUAUAUCUGAAUUACUUGUAGGCGCACGAAGCGUGGCCUUUGUGCCUUUCUGGGACUAUGAAAGAUCGCGUUGGUUCGCUGGAUGUCUCUGUUGGACUAACAACGCAGAUCGGCUGCUCUCAGUGUCCGUGGACCUGGCCUACUUCACCAUUUUCAGCCACUCAAUCAUGCGAGAAUUGUCACGACUGGACGCCGUUGCACUGAAUCAACAGAAAACUACUUUUGUGGCUUCUAUCUCGCACGAACUUCGCUCGCCUUUGCACGGCAUACUGGGGACGUUGGAGUUCAUCAAGGACACUCCACUGGACACUUUUCAGACCAGCAUGUUGAAUUCACUGAAUUCAUGUGGCCAAACUCUUCUCGAUACGAUCAAUCACGUCAUGGAUCACUCCAAGAUGAGUGAGACAACGAAGAAUGUUUCCACAAGACGACUCAAGAAUACAAAAACCGUGCGACUGUCAUCCAAACCUCUCAAAACACGACGUCUGCGAGAUCCAGCAUUUGAUCUGGGCAUAGCCACCGAAGAAGUUGUGGAAGCUGUCUUUGCUGGAUCCUCGUACCUCCCAAUCAUGAGUUCAAAGAACGCACCUUUAUCUCCAACAGAAUCAGCAUCUGCUCCCAGUCAUACCGAGCAAGCCGACGUCACAGCGAAACGCAAGACUUGCUACAUCGUACUGGAUAUUGCACCUGAACAGGACUGGGUGUAUUGCUUCCCUGUAGGCUCUUGGAAGAGAGCAGUUAUGAACCUUUUCGGCAAUGCCAUCAAAUACACAGCCACCGGGCAUGUGACCAUUUCGCUCCGUGCUACAGAUGUUGCCAGAAGUACUGGCUCUGCGACAACAAUUACGUUUACUGUCACGGACACAGGAACUGGCAUGAGCCCUGCUUUCCUCGCAAAUAAGGCAUUCCAGCCAUUUUCACAGGAAAACCCACACAGUUCGGGAAUUGGUCUAGGACUUAGCAUUGUCCGGCAGAUUAUCGAGACCCACGGUGGCAAAAUCGAAAUCACUAGCGAUCAUUCCUCGGGCACCCACAUUACUGUUAAACUCUCUUUGGUUAAACCGGAGGCGGCAAAGGCUGCUCUGCCUCAACGAGACGAAUACAUCUCGUGGUUGCCGCGCUUGAAAGGCCGCAAGGUCUGUAUAUUGUGCCGGCCCGAAACCAAUCAGGACAUUGUAGAUGAGCCACAAAACGCCGAGGGUCUUUCUAAACUCACUCAUGCUUUGACCACAACACUGGCCGAUCACUUGAAGAUGGAUGUUGCGCAAACAACAAAGUGGGAAGGUAACGAUGCUGAUAUCGUCAUUUGCCCAGAGCCAUCAUUCGAUUAUCUCGCCUCUGUCAGGCAUCAAAGGGUCAACGUCAAAGCCUCAAAAGCAGCAGUAACUAUUUUUGUUGCGCUGGACGCACUUGAAGCGUCGACCCUUCGUUCAGAUGUUCGUGUUAAGAACAAGGAAUCGGUAGUGGAAAUCAUGACCCAGCCACUCGGACCCUACAAGCUAGCUUAUGUGCUGAAUAAAUGUCUCGACCGAUUCGAACAUCCGGACGAGAACGUACAACCAGCUUCCAAUCCCUCUCCUGUUUCCACGCCUAAUUAUCCACAGCCAACACACACCGAACAGCAGACAACCAUCUCCCCCCGUCUGGUAGAGAUGCCACCACUCCUGGGACAGCCUCACUGGGCCGAGACAGACUUCUCACAGUCCUCAUCAGUACCAGCGGAUUCCUCAAAUAGUCCAACACCAACUAUCCGAACACCGCUUAUCGAACAACGUACGCUUCCAAUCCGCCCAAAACUUACUAUACCAAGCAGGUCAAGCAGCAACUCAUCUAGAGUCCUUAUCACAGACGAUAAUGCAAUCAAUCGAAGGCUUCUUAUAGCUUUUACGAAGAAGUACAAUCUUGAAUACACAGAAGCUGAAAACGGCCUCGAAGCACUGCGCGCAUAUCAGUCAGCCCAGGUGCAGUUCGACGUCAUUCUGAUGGAUAUGUCAAUGCCGGUCAUGGACGGCAUGUCAGCCACACGAGCCAUACGACAAUACGAACAAGAGUACAAUGUUCCGCGCUGUUGCAUCAUCGCGCUUACAGGCUUGGCGUCUGCGAGCGCGAAGCUAGAGGCUUGGAACUCUGGCAUUGAUCACUUCAUGACGAAGCCCGUCAAUUUCAAAGCUCUUGAGAGGUUUCUCAAGAAAGAGGAAGCGAGGCGCGAGGAAGCUGCGAACACGCGUUCAACUUCUGCCCCGGCCGCGAUUCCAUACGAGGAUUAG